CUCUCUUUUCAAAAUGAGUACUGUAUUCAGAAUUCUCUUUUCAAUAUGAGACUUCUAUUCAAAAACCUUUAUUCAAAGUAAGACCUCUAUUCACUGAAUUAAAUAAAUAUCGUAUCCAGAAUUCUCUUUUCAAAAUGAGACUUCUAUUCAAAAACCUUUAUUCAAAGUAAGACCUCUAUUCACUGAAUUAAAUAAGUAUCGUAUCCAGAAUUCUCUUUUCAAAAUGAGACUUCUAUUCAAAAACCUUUAUUUAAAGUAAGACAACUAUCUUAGUUACUUAGAGACCCAUCUAUAGUAAAAAGGUGGUCCCUCAAUACUUACCUUGUCUUUUAGGUAACUUCAAUUUAAUAUGUUUCCUGAAUUGCAUUCCCGUAUAUAAUUAUAUCACGUUUAUAUAUUGUACGUUAUUUAUGUUGCAACUGCUUACAAACAGCAUUUAUUUAAACAAAUCGAAUGAGCGGUUCAUACUAACAGACAAGAGCUGUUCUAUGUCUUUGGAGAGCAAAAACACAAUAUAGCAUUUAAUAAAAAGCAUUUACCUAAUAAUGAUUAAUGGUUGACAAUAAUUAUAAAUGAUCCAACUGGCGAGCGUUGCUAGGUGCGUUAGAAUGUUUACAUAUUCCCGUAAAGGAAACUGAGCGCAUUCCAUUCUGAUUCUACCCAUCAUAGGCCUCCGUAACUAUACCAAUGUAUGUUUAUUCAUAUAAAAAUUGCUACUAUUGAAUAUGAUUCAAUCAGGCUUAAGUUCAUAAGAUAUGAGCAGAUAUAUACUCAAAUAGGUACCUAUACAUCAAACAAUAGGAAUUAUGUUUGAUAAAACGAAUAGGUAAUUAAUUUAUAUACAGUUGAGUAGGUAGGUAAGUAGGUACAUAAGUGAGCAAUGCUUGUUUAAUAAUAGGUUAAUCUGGUAAUUAAAAGACAGACAUCAGUAAUAUUGUUUAUUUAUGAAUUAUUUACAGUUUCUUUUGAAUUUUACUUAUCAUAUCUUUUGCGCACUUGUAUAUAUCAUCGUUAAACACAUUUUCAACAAUAUGCUGAGCGCAUACAUUAGCCCUACACUCACAUAAUUUAGAACUUUUUAAAUCUUCUGCAUCAUAGAUUUGGAUCCGUAUUACUUUCGAUUGUAAACCCUUUGCAGGCUUUUUAAUGUACGAAUACAAAGUUUUGGUCCCUCGUUUUUUACUAUUAGGAACUCUUUCAGGGCCGCUGCUGCUCGGUCUUUCUUCGAAUUGAAAGGGUCUUUCUCUUGAUGCUGCUGGAAUCGGAGAGUACGAUGGACUCGAUCUUAUUUCAUCAUACCGGAACGGUCUUUCCCUCUCUAGGUAGUUCAAAACAUUUUGACGUAGUUGUUGCGCUGCCGGUAUUUGGGAGCAUGAUGAAUCAUUGAUGAAAAUAUCACUGGAGUUCUGAAACAAUACAUAAUUAAAAUUAUUAUUUUAAAUAUCAACUGUUUCUAUUCGUAAGUAUACAAUGGUUAAGUAGAAUUAUUAUGUAGAUAUUAUUUGAAUAAAAAGUAUCAAAAAUAAAAAUAAUGUUUGAUUAUUUAGAAAAGGCUGACUUACCGACAUUGUAGAACGAGAUAUUCAACGGGAAUGUGAUUUCUCCAGGAUUUUAUUCUGGUUUUAUACUUACUCGCAUUUUGUUUUUUCUUGUCAUUAAGGUUCAAAAUUAUAAAAUUAAAUACAUAAUUAUACAUUGUUUUUAAAUAUACUAUAGAAACGUGAGAUUCAAGUUCUUAUUUGGGUACUCCACGUGUAAGAAGUUGAAAUAAUGUACGCGAGCGUGCAAACCGCAGCGUUUCUGCUGAUAAACAUAUUUCCUACCUAUACAUGGAAAAAGUUUAUAAACUGCUUGUUUUGCGUCGAUCGUGGGUAGAAGUUGCUAUACAUCGUUUCUACAAUUGGUAGAACAUCUACAUAAUAUGCGAUUUACAAACGAUUGUCUGCCUGACUGAGCUACCGAAAACGCUACAAUUUAAACGCUCGUAUGCACCAUCGCAAAUAAUCUUUAUAUGGCAGCAUCUGCAGUCUCAGCAUUUCUCUACUAAUAUUAUAAAGAGGCAAGAUUUGAUUGUUUGUUUGUUUAUUUUUUUGUUUGCCGCGAAUAGGCUCCGAAACGAUCAAACCGAAUUCUUUCACUAUUAGGUAGCUACACUAAAUGCGUUGAACAUAGGCUAUAUUUUGUCCUGGUACGGGAAUUAAAUCCAUCGGGACGCGGGUAAAACCACGUGUGACAACUAGUUUUUAUUUUUUGCAAGCGUGCAUUUUUACAUAUUUGGUUAGAAUGACGUGAUUUUUAGGCCUAUAUAAACGGCUCCCGAAUAACAACACAAAUCACUCCUGAACUAAAUCAGCGUGCAAGUUUAAUUUUAUCAAAAGUGUUAACCUAUUCAAUCAAAUCCUCAAGAAUGUCGGGACCAACUUCUGCUGAUCACCUCUUUCCCUCCGAAGACGAAUAUGAGGAACAACAGACACGGGUGAAACACGUGAAGGAUUCGUCAUCAGCGUCUUCAUCUUCACGCUCCGGCGAUGCUGCUAAGAGAAGCGCCAGCAAAUCAUCGCAUCCGGACAGUAAGAAGAAGAAGCUCAAGACGAUGUCGCCUACUGUUCAUCCCAUCAGUCCUGUUAUGAAGCCCCAGAGAAGCGAUAUGAAGACCACGAGCCAUGACUUAUUUGGUAGUGACAGCGACGAUGAUCGUGAAGAGAUAGCAGCAAGUAAUUUAAAGGCACCUCGAGUAUCUUCCUCGCGGAAGAUUGAAAAAGAAUCCGGAAUUGAUAUCAAUGAACCUAAUAAUGAAUUAAUAGAAAAAGAUAUUGAUAUCCAUAAUCCUAGUAAUGAAUUAAUAGAAAAAGAAAUUGAUAUCCAUGAUCCUAACAAUGAAUUAAUAAUAUGCAAAAAAUGUCAGAUUGAAUUACCGAAAACUGAAUUGAAAUAUCAUUUAAGAACUAAUGUACAUAAGUCAAAUAGUUUAGUUCAAAGCCAUUUUAACAAUAUCUUUGUAAUUGCAAGUGCUUUCAAAAACAGAAUCAUAACAUAUCGUUUAAACCCUGCACAAGGUGUUGAAUACUGUACACCCGAAGCAUUCUUGUGUGAGAAUACGAACGAUGUCCUGAAACUUAUACAUAUGUCUUUAUUGAAGAAUACUUGUGUCAAGAUUAACUUCGAGUUGUUUGCCCACUUUGUGUUACCAAAAACAAGUGAGCAACAACUUAAGUCGUUUAAUACGAAAUAUAAAGUUAUUUGUAAUAACACGAUUUUAAGUGACUUCUAUUCGAAUGCUAUUGAACUUUUAAAAUGCAAAAUGUCAGAAUUCGAACACAAAGAAUCUGGAUGGUCUUUUAAAUCAGUGAGCCAUCUUGAAAUCAAUGUUAAUAAAUAUUGUCCUAUGAGAGGUGGUACUUACCUUGAAUUACCAAAAAAACUUAAAAACUCGAAAAGUUGUAUUAAUAUUCAAAAUAAUGACAAUUGCUGCUUUUUAUGGAGUGUAGUAGCUUCAUUAUAUCCCGUUAAGAAGAAUGUAUGCAGGACUAAUUCGUAUCCACAUUACAGUUCUAUAUUUAAUAUUGAAGGGAUGUCUUUCCCUGUUUCAUAUGAAGACAUAAAAUUAUUUGAGACCAACAAUAAUAUAAGUAUCAAUGUCUAUGGAGUAGAAAAUAAGAGCGAAACAGUAACCGGCCCUCUAUAUUUAACAAACAAAAGAAGAUCUAUACAUGUAAAUUUGUUAUAUUUAGAAAGAAAAGGAAUGAGUCAUUACUGUCUUAUCAAAGACCUGGCACGUUUAGUACGAGGACAAGUAACAAAUCAUAAAGGUAAUUUUUUUCUGUGUGAGUCAUGUUUACAAUUUUAUAGCUGUGAAACUAAGUAUAGAUCUCAUAUCUGUUCUAAAACUUUAUCAAUUUUACCUGAUAAAAAUAGUAAACUGGGUUUCAAGAAUUAUGAACGAAAACAAAAAAUCAACUAUGUAAUUUACGCAGACUUUGAAAGUCUAUUGGUAAAUUGUUUCGAAAAGAAAUCUGAAAACACACAUAAUUUAAAAAAACACCAACCUUCAUGUUUUGCAUAUUACAUAUGUUGUUCACAUGAUCCCCGCCAAAAUAGAUAUGUAACAUAUAGAGGUCUAGAUUGUGUGGAGGUAUUUAUCACUAGAUUAAUAGAAGAUGUGAAGAAAAUAAAUGAUAUAUUAUUAAUUAAAAAACAAAUGAUACCUUUAACUAAAAAAGAACAAACCCAAUAUAACAAUGCAAGUACUUGUCAUAUUUGUGAUCGCUUGUUACUCGACGAUAAAGUGCGUGACCACGAUCAUGUGACAGGAAAGUAUAGAGGACCUGCACAUACUCAAUGUAAUCUAAUGUUUAGAGUAUGUCCAUUUAUACCUGUAAUUUUUCAUAAUUUAUCGAAUUAUGAUUCCCAUCUUUUUAUAAAAGAAUUAGCAAAACAUAAAGGUCAUAUUAAAAUAAUACCCAAAACUAAAGAAAAAUAUUUAACCAUUACUAAAUACAUAGAUCAUGAUAAUAGUAACCGUCCUGUACAAAUUAAAUUUAUUGAUUCGUUUCAGUUUCUAAGCUCAAGUUUAGAUGCACUAAGCAAAAGUUUGACAGAUAAAGAUUUUUUGCAUUUAUCAACGGAAAUGAGAAAUGAUAAUUUAAUAUAUUUGCUCAAAACUAAAGGUAUUUAUCCUUAUGAUUACAUGAAUACUUGGAAAAAGUAUGAAGAAACAAAACUUCCUCCGAAAGAAUUCUUUUAUAACACAUUGAAAAUGGAGCAUAUUACCGAUGAAGAAUAUAAGCAUGCAAAAACUGUAUGGGAUGCAUUUAAAAUAACAACUAUUGGCGAGUAUACUGAUCUAUACCUGAAAUGUGAUGUUUUAUUAUUGUGCGAUAUAUUUGAAAAUUUCAGAAAUAUAAGUUUAAAAUAUUAUAAAUUAGAUCCUGCCUACUACGUAACUGCACCUAGUUUAAGCUGGGAUGCUAUGCUGCUCUAUACACAGGUUGAGCUUGAUUUAAUAGAUGACUUAGAAAUGUAUCAAAUGCUAGAGAAGGGCAUACGCGGUGGUCUAGCACAGUGCUCAUUACGUCAUGCGAAGGCUAACAAUAAAUAUUUGCCAGAAUUUAAUGAUCUAGAACCUUCUAGUUAUUUGAUAUAUCUCGAUUGCAAUAAUCUGUAUGGUUACGCAAUGACUAAAAAGUUCCCAAUUACAGAGUUUCGUUUUCUAAAUCAGAAGGAAGUUAAUUGCUUUGAUGUAAUGAGUAUAUCGGAUGAAAGUCAAUAUGGUUUUAUAUUAGAAGUAGAUCUCGAAUAUCCCGAGCACGUACAUGAUUUUCAUAGUGAUUUACCUUUUGCUCCUGAAAAGUUUAUACCACCAGGGGGAAAGACAGCUAAACUUAUAGCUAAUUUAUAUGAUAAAUUUAAUUAUGUAAUAUAGGCUUCAGUGUUUUAGAAUAUGCUAAAUUACAUCUUUAUCAGUAUCAUUAUAAUAUGAAAAAGAAAUACAUGAAUAAUAUAAGACUUUGUUACACAGACACUGACAGUCUACUCUAUUUAAUAUAUACAAAAGAUAUUUACAGUGAUAUAAAAAAUAAUUUAAAAGAUUUUGACACAAGUAAUUUUCAUUUAGAUAAUCCUUAUUUAAUACCACGAAUAAAUGAAAAAGUUCCUGGACUCUUUAAAGAUGAACUAGGUGGUGACGUGAUCACUGAAUUCACUGGCUUAAGAGCGAAACUUUACUGUUUGCUAUCUUCCAAAGUACAAAUAAAAAAAGCAAAAGGUAUUUCAAAAUCAGUUACAAAUAGACUAGAUAUAUCGCAUUACAAUAAGGCAUUAUUUCAUAAUGAGAGUAAAUCAUGUAAAAUGAAUAUGAUUAGGUCAAUCAAGCAUGUAUUAUACACACAAGAAGUGAACAAAGUGGUGAUGAACAAAAACGAUGAUAAACGAUACAUACUCCCAAAUCAAAUUGAGACAUUACCUUGGGGUCACUAUAAAACUCUAUUUUAGUUAAUGUAUUAUAGUUUUAGUAUUGUGUAUUAAUAGUUUUAGUAUAAUGUAUUAAAUACUAAUAUUGUAUUUUAUAAUAACUGUACUUUAAUUAUAAGUAAAAAUAUACGUAUGCUACUUA